CCAGCAGAACCCGCAGUUCUAGAGUAGUAUGACGCCUCUGUCAUGUUUGUGACCACGCACUUUGGUUGAACAGAGUGCACCAUCAUCAGUUAUCAUGAAAGAGAGGACUUAGGCAAACAAUGUCAUGAAUCUUAUAAUUGAUUAUGAAAAUGAAUGUCUCGGAGUUCCGCCCACCGCCUACCUAGGCCUACCGCUGAAAGUGAAACAGCCGCCCAAAAUUUCAUUAUUUUCCCAUAAGUUAUUAUUUCAGAAAAAUCAUUGUUUUUCUGAUGGGGCAUUGUCAGGAAUAGUUAAAAAUGGCAGCAAAGAAAAUCAGGAGUUUGUAGUGCGCGCACUCGCGUAUAAAUGGGCUGAUGCAAGAUUGAGAGCUACGUGUAGUCUAGUCAUUCUAGUAGUACGGUAGUAGGCCAACUUUCAGUUUCAAGGUGCAGGUAGAAUGGACAGCUCAACCAGACGAUAUACCUUGAAUUCCCACAUAGUUCCCUAUAAAGGGAGGACUGAGGUCUUCUUUGAGAGUGCAGAUUCAUACAUGUUUCACUGUGCAGUGAAGGGUUAUGCUGGGGCAUUCCUGAACACCUGUGGAGGGGUCAUUCACUUUGGGGUCAAGAAAACAGGGCGUGUCAUGGGGGUGUCCUGCACAAGAUCCCAGGAAGACAGUUACCGACUGGAGGUCGACGACGUCAUGAAAUUCUUCCAGCCAAAAGUCUCUCCAAGUCUGUACAGGUUGGAUUUCAUUCCGAUCGUCUCACCUCAAUUCACCUUUGACUGGAAGGUGAUUUCCCUCCACGUGUCAGCAGGGCCUGACAUCAUGUACAUGGAUGGCUCAGGACGGGUAAUGACGAUGUCAUCCAAAGGACUCUAUGGGCCAUUACAUCCUCAGGAAAUACAGCGUCUUGCCAUCCACAAAUACAAACAGGAUGUACUGAACGCCGAUAACUUGAUCAAAGUGAUAACCCCAUGCCCCAAAGAUGGGCGACAUAAAAAGAAAACUAAGAAGAAGAAGGAUGACAAGAGAUCCAUGUCCACCCAAACCACCCCACGCACACAACCGCCACCUGUUGUUUCCUCAUCCCAGGUUCUGUCAACUCAGACAACGCCAGGCCUCGUAAACAACACCCACGUCCGUUGUAUGAAUGACACACCGACUGUUUCCUCAACUACUUCACAGACACAGGAACCUGUCGGAAACUGUAACGAGAAGUCUAUACCGAUGCUGUCAAGUGACGAAGACAGUGUUAUAGUCCUUGAUCUGGACAAUUCCGUCAUAACCAUCAGAGACUCUGACUCCGAUUCUAAUGUGAUUGUUCUGGAUCAAACCUGCGAUGCCACACCAGUUCGUACUCCCAGCGACCUCUUUGCCUCACCGGACUGCUCAACCAUCAAAAAGAGGCCCCAGGAACGCCCAGAUCCAGAGUCCCCCAGCAGGUUUACAGCUCGGCCAACCAGCAGGACAAUCGGGCCUUCACACUGCAGGGUGGAUGCAACAAACAAGCACGCACGUACUUCUAGUGACACUGUAGUUAGCCACAGCAGAAAGAAGCUCAGGAAAAGUUAAAUGAACGAUUAUACGGCUAUGAGAAAAUGUCAGCGUUGACUGGUUUAUUACUGAGCAUUAUGCUUCUCCUGCACUACUUACAUAUGCACUAACCAGGCCAAAACAAAACUGGGGGUCCAGUUGUUCCCCUCUGUCAAAGGGUGCUAACCAGGCCAGGGUGUGCUUCCAGAAUUGCUUAGCAAAGGCAAACUUAGGCAGUCACGUUGCAGGCCACAUUAAAGCAAUGAUGGCAAUACUGUACCAUAUGCACUUGGCCCACCCUAUGGGCAUCACUGUUAAAAUGGGCCUCAACAAAAAUGAUCCCGUAUUCAAUUGAAGACUAAAAGCAGUUUUACUAUAACUGAGACAGGUCAAUCUCAGUAAAACCAAAAAAUCAACUUCAAUGACUUGACUUGAUUUCUUCUCGUCCAUUUAUUACUUUGUGAGCUCUUUGAAAGAAGAAACAGUAAAGUAAUGACUUGAACAGUAAUUACUUGAUGUAUGCAAGGAUUAUUUAUAUUGAAAUUUCAUUUACUGUGCACUAGUACUUACAAGAGUUUCGUAUAACUCUUCACAUUGGUAAAAAUUUAUCUUUUUUUUUCUUUUUUGUGACAUAAUAUAUGAUUACAAUGGACACUGUUUAUUGUUGCGCUUUCUAAACUACAGCAGUUGCCCAUUGAAGGAAAAGACAGGUUGGUUGCCUCUCCAAGUAGAUUACAGAUGAAUGCUCCAUUUACCCCAGAUAUGAAAGGUAAUUGCACUAAAUGAAUCACAAAGGAGGGCCUGAUGUUUCCAUCCUACCGGAAUCUUUCUCUGUGUAAUUAGAUUUGUUCUUGCAUAAAGCCAAGUUUCAGGUCAGGAAUUUGUCAACAUGGGUUUUACAACAAUUUACCUGCAUGUACUAUACAUAACCAGCAACUGUCAGGACUGUACACCUGUCAGAAUGCAUUGCAGGGAAAAUUAUCUUGCAAAAAUUGAAACAGAUUCCAAAAGAAGGUUGCCAAUUUUGAUACAAGACUAUGGCUCCUGUGGGCCAAUUGUACCUGAUACCAACAAGCCUACAUGCUGGGGAGAUUUAUGCACAAGUACAGAUUGAAUCAAGUCCAAUGUUGGCAGAAAAAGAUGUUUGCAAGAACUAGCAGGAAGGGUGCCCUUCUAACAUGCGGUUUACACUAAGAAUAUUCUGCCCUUUUCUUGCUAGUGUGUGUUGGGCUUUUUUAAAGAAAAUUCAAAAUGCCUGUAUGUAUAAGGCUUUGUAAAAGAAAAUGCAUCAUAACGUCUAUUGACUUGAGUUCAAAAUUACAUGUAUAACAGUGUGUUAUUGUGGUUCAUUUGGUGAUGACUUUGAAAUAAAGUGCCCUUGAAUUACAAUUUA